GCACACCCGUUCCCUGCGCCCCACAGUAACUACCGACUACAUCCGCCGAUCUGCAUGCAAGUGUAACUGCUUGCAGUAGGUGCCGGCAGACGUGGCAUGUCCAACUGUCUAACAUGCGCGUUGGCACAAGACGUCACCUGCCAUGUGAACCUACAAAGUACACCUCGAAAGUGCACCUUCCUCUCAGAACUCUGCGAGUGAAUGCAUACCAUACACACCAUGGCCCAACCCACACCUCAUCACACAUCUACCUCUUCACCGGAACCAUACUGGCUAGGCCGCGCCUCAGACGAACAAAAGCGCCUGCUCAAGCAACACUCGAUCUGGACCCGCAGCAUCGGCUACCUCCUGCACCCAACAGUCACCUCGACACUCCCCCCCAAUGCGCGGAUCGCUGACAUGGGAACCGGGACAGGUAUCUGGCCGAUCGAAAUGUCCCACGCCUCUCCGCCAACCUACUCGUUCCACGGCUUCGACAUCUCGCCCGAGCAGUUCCUGCCCCCCGACUCGCUCCCGCCCAACGUCACGCUCGGGCACGGUGACUUCCUCACCCCGCUCCCGCAAGAGCUGCACGGCACAUUUGACCUGGUGAACAUCCGGCUGAUCAUCAUCUCGCUGGGGCGCGUCGAAGUCUGGCAGCGCGUUCUUCGCAAUGUGCUCGCGCUGCUCAAGCCGGGUGGGGCAAUAUGCUGGACCGAGGGGGAUUUCCUCGUUGCGCGGGGGUUUCGCGGCGCCGGGUUGGAGAGUACCGCGGGGCACCAUCUCACGAGGGCACAGGUGCAGUUGAACAGCACCCUGAGCAGGCGAUUUGGAUAUAGUUUCCCGUCCUUUCGGGGGUUGUUUGAGGAUGGGGGACUGCAAGGAGUGGAGGAGGAUGUGCUGAGUACGGACCGUGACCCGUCACAGAGGAGCGAGUUUACAGAUUUGGGGAUCGGGGCUGUGUUUGGGGGGCUGCGGAAUUUGGCGAAGAUCAGGGAGGAGGGAUCUUGGGAUGAGGAGGAGGUGGAGAGGAGGAGGGUGUCGGCGGUGGAAGAUAGGGAGAGUGGGGCGUAUUUGAGGUGGGAUAUACACAUUGGUGUUGGGUUCAAGGCUUCGUGAGAAUGUGUAAAUGGAGGCGCGAUUAUGUGUGGUAAUCAUGCUUCAUGAAUUGGUACAUCCUCAAUGACCUGGUAUCAGAGCGCCCGCUGUCUGUUCUGCGCUGUCUUGGAUCUUAACCAGUCCAUACAGCAGGGCCCGGGGGCGUGUAGCUCGUCUGACC